AUCAAAACAUAUGAUUUGUCGAGUGUCACGCUCAGCUGAUUGCGACGAUGAUUAACGGUGUGGUAAAAAAUAUUGCAUAGAGUUGAUUCCUGCUAGUUGCACAUACGUCAGCGCGACUGACAGUCGAACAUGAAUCGCGAAAUCAUGGGAAAGUGGACGAUAAAUUGCGCCUGCAUUUUUAUCGUCUUGAUAUCCCUAUGCGCGAAUACCGGUCAUUGUUUACGUGAAGAAGGAGAUGGGAAAAGUGAUUCACCGGUGCCAAUAGUACUUUGGCACGGAAUGGGUGAUAGUUGCUGCUUCUCUUUCAGUCUUGGAAAGAUACAAGAAAUUCUUCAGAAUGAAAUACCUGGAGUCUAUAUCAAUUCUAUACGCAUCGGAAAUAAUGUUAUAGAGGACGUUGAGAACAGCUAUUUUGGAAAUAUUAAUGAACAAAUUAAACAUGUAUGCGAGCAGCUGUCACAAGACACAAGACUUCAAAAUGGAUAUAAUGCCAUUGGUUUCUCUCAAGGGGCUCAAUUCCUACGGGCGGUGGCCCAAAGAUGCCCCAAUCCACCAAUGCUGAAUUUGAUAUCUUUAGGCGGUCAGCAUCAAGGUGUUUUCGGGAUACCAAAAUGUUCAGACACAUCUCGAUUGUGUAAUUAUAUGCGGCGCAUGUUGCGUUACGGUGCAUAUUUAUGGUACAUUCAAGAAUCGUUAGUGCAAGCUGCCUAUUGGCACGAUCCGAUAAAGGAAGAUGAAUAUCGAGAGAAAAAUGUUUUUCUUGCUGACAUCAAUAAUGAAAAGACUAUAAAUAUGGUAUAUAGGGAUAAUCUUCAAAAACUUCGAACUUUAGUUCUCGUUAAAUUCGAAAAUGAUACGAUGGUCGAACCAACGGAAUCGGAAUGGUUUGGAUUCUAUAAACCUGGUCAAGCAAAAGAAAUACAGAAAUUGCAGGAAAGCGAGUUGUAUCUGCAGGAUUGGCUCGGAUUACGUAAAAUGGAAGAGGCCGGCAAAAUUCACUAUCUUUCCUUACCUGGCGAUCAUUUACAAUUCACAGUCACUUGGUUCAUCGAAAAUAUUAUUAAAAAAUAUUUAGUGUAAGUUUGGAGAGAGAUAUCUACACGUUUCACCUACGAAAAUACUCCAGACUUAGAUAAAAAUGACAUAAAAUAAUUUUUUUUUUUAAAUAAAACUUAGUUACGAUUUUCUA